UUAUUGAGGGAGUGAGCAGGAAUAUUAGGCAGAGUUUAGCAGGACAUCUGCAGUUUGCAUAUAGGAGUUUCUGAGGCUUGAGCACUUCUGAUAGCCCAGAACCAUGCCCACCGACGCACAGACUGACGCUCGCUCUUUCCUGAGUGAGGAGAUGAUUGCCGAGUUCAAGGCCGCCUUUGACAUGUUCGACACUGACGGUGGCGGUGAUAUCAGCACCAAGGAGUUGGGUACCGUCAUGAGGAUGCUGGGCCAGAACCCCACACGAGAGGAGCUGGAUGCCAUCAUCGAGGAGGUUGAUGAGGACGGCAGCGGUACCAUCGACUUCGAGGAGUUCCUGGUCAUGAUGGUCCAGCAGCUAAAGGAGGACCAGGCCGGCAAGACUGAGGAAGAGCUGUCAGAAUUCUUCCGUGUGUUUGACAAGAAUGGUGAUGGCUUCAUUGACCGGGAGGAGUUUGGGGAGAUCCUGCGCUCAGCAGGGGAGCCAGUGACAGAGGACGAGAUCGAUGAGCUGAUGGCAGACGGGGACAAAAACAAUGACGGCAAGAUAGACUUUGAUGAGUGGCUGAAAAUGAUGGAGAACAUUCAGUAGAACAGAACACAUUCCUCUACAGCUCCCUCUGCUGGAUAAGAUAGAAACAGUUCCUCCAGUCUCCAGAGAGGGGAUAGAGUGCUGAAUAACAUGGAGAAAAAAAAAAAAAA